AUGCCCGACCCGACCACCUGUAUCGGUAGAUGCAACACGGUAUCUGAUGUUAGCGACUCGGAUAAAUUCACCGAUAUAUAUACCUACCGCCUAUUUUGUCAGAAGGCCUGUGCAGCGGAUGACAACGAGAUCCGGGAUAUGCGAGGGUGUGAGGAAUUCUGCCUCAGACUGUGUUUCAAGGACAGCAUUGUUGAGGAUACCAACACUAAUAUCAACUAUGUGGUGCUCGACAGGUCAGUGAACAUCAUCAUCAUCAUCAUCAUCAUCAUCAUCAUCAUCAACAACAACGACAACAAGUUCAGUCUUUGA